CAGAUAGUGAUAGCAGAAUCUUCAAUCAUAAAGGUGGACUUCAAGUUCAGGGGAACAAUGCAUUAUCCGGAGGCGGAUAUCAAAUGGGGAGCACCUCAGGAGCCUUUUAUGAGGCCUCAAAUUCCCGAUUCCUAUGCAAGAGGACAAAUGCAACAGCAGCAAUCCUGGCUCCCAGAUCGAUAUGGAGGGAAAAUGUCUGCAAAUUCAAUGGACUGGCCACAGCAAUCUGUGGAUCAGGGACCUGUUCUUCAACAGCCACCUGCAAUUUUGGCACCAGCAGCACCCCAAAUUCCCCAAUCGCCCCAACUGACAGCCACUCAAGUGGAGCUCCAGCAGCAGCGUCCAGAUUGGCCAAUUGUGCCACUAAUGCCGGUACAACCGCCCAAAAAUCACCCAGAAGAGAGUCCAAAGCAACCAGUGAGGACAGAACCAAAAAGCAAGACAGUGGAUGAUAGCGAAGAGGCCCCUGGCAGUGAAUAUCAAGAUGAGUCAGACGAUGAUGUGGAAAUGAGAACAACAACAGCAGCCCCAAGAAAGAAGAAUAGAAAGCAUAAAAAGCCAAAAGAAGGCCCCAAAGAGAAGACAACCAAGGUCACAGAUGUCGAUAAACCACUCCAUGAGCAACUCAAAAUGAUUCACAAUGAUUUGGAGAUGGAAUUUGUGGAUCACGAUGGUGAAGCCGAACGUCCGGGUGGUGCAGUCCUGUCCCUCACAUUGGGCAUCAUCGUUAUGGCAGCCCUUGCUAUCCUUGUGGGCUGCAGGAUGCGCGUUGUUGGCCGAAGAAUUCGACGCGGUGGAAAGAGUCAAUAUGCCCAUGAUGCUGAUUUCCUCGUAAAUGGCAUGUAUCUCUAAAUUCUAAAUGUUUAUUUUUUUUUUUCAAACUUUUAGCUGCAGCAUUGCUAAAAACCAAAAAGAUCUCAAGUGGCAGAUGAAGAAAAGUGAUGAAAUUUGUUACAUAAAUUAUCAUGUUCUUUCCCUUAUAAUUUUAUUUUCUAAAAUAAAUCUUAUUUGUGUAACAAUUGAA